CGACGCUGUCUCUGAGUGGAGGGGCCGGUGGACCGAGUUAAGACGGAAGACUUGUCACACUUCCUUUCCUCGGGCCAUAAAGAUACCUCUUCUCUCUUUUCUUCGUCCUCCUUGGAAUUCCAUUCCCAACUAUACAUGUCCUCAACGUACUAAAGUGAGGAAUUCUUUCCAACAAACCCUACAAGUGUUAAGGUAAACUAAGAUGGCAGCCACACAGGCCUUGCCGUUGUCGCAUUACUACAAGGAGACGCAAGGGUUGGACUACCUAGGGGGGAGUUUCAAGUCGUCUGAGUUGUUCAACCCACUCCAGAGCCCACAGCGACCAACCGUAAACGAAGUCAGUUUUGAGAAGUACCGAGCGCUUGUUGAGAAGAACACGAAGGCUCCAUGGGGCCGAGGAAAGCUGGAGUAUGGCGGAGAGAGGCCGGUACAACUGCCCGACCAGUACAGGCCGAAGGGAGAACCGCCUACCGUGGUGCAGAAAACACACAGGCACUACGGCAGUGGGGCCGACGGAUAUCCACGUGGUGUCCCGAUACAGCAGUACUACGACUUGACUCAGUUGAAGAGGAGUAAUGUGCGAUGGAACGACCAGCUGUUAACCAAUCCACAGAAGAGCAACAUGGAGACCGUGAUGAUUGACCUGCCGUUCCCGGCGGAACAUCCCUACGCCUCGCACAUCCCUCGCUAUGCGGUGAUCCCGAAGUUCGACUCUCCUGAUGACCCAAAACGUGGCGUCCGCGCCCGAAGGGAUCAGCCUCUACACCAUGAGACCCCGUCGACACCACAUAAUGUCCGCAUCAACAGCAAGAGCAGAGGAGGACCAUAUCGUUGGGAAACACAGGAUUUGCCAUCAGAGGGUCACAAAAGGGCGCUGACCUGGCCUGGAGACGACUUCUACCAUUUGGUGAAGUAUCCGCCAGAUGGCGGUCGUCAGCAGUACUACCCCAUUCCACCCAAAUUGGUGCUGCCUAACCUCACGGAGCGCCCUUUGGACAAGACCCUGGAUCCAAGAACCGCUACUGCACUAAGGAAUGUGGAGAAGUCGCAAUGGCAAACCACCUACAAACGCACCUUUACAGGCUAUGGGCCGAGUAAUGAGCUCCACCUGGACAACUACCAUGAGAACAUGGUGAAGAGCAUGGUUCAAGGGAAAGAGGUGGACGAACUGAAACCUGCGACCGUUCCCGUGUUCUUCCCACCGCGGCCGCUGGAGGGCCGCAUCUCGCGAGAGAUCGGACCUGCCGUCCGUCAGAAGCACAAGCUGGAGCCUGCCCCUGGGACCGGGUCGGGGGAGGGAGACGAAGAGAAUCAGCAAGUCGAGCGCGAGUACCACAACUAUCCGCAGUAUCCUCCCGGGGAUCCACGAAACGAAGAGGAAUGGAGAAUUGUGGAAGAGCAGAGCCAUCCUGACCACAACCUACAGCUUGUUGAACAUCAGCAACGACAGACAACAGCGAUACCGCAUCAGACGGCCACCGUAGCGCAAGCACCAGAGAAACCUCCGCCGUACUCAAAAGGACUGAAGGAGACAUUGGAAGGCGAGUUUCGGGAGCUAGAGAAGACAAACAGAUACGCGCUACUGUCGACGCAAACACCUCAACACGACAUCGUAGCGUCUCAUCACAAGUCCGAGUUGGUGAAAACUUCCACCAAACCUAAAGUCUUUGUUGAACACCAUACGGGGAUGUACAGAGAGAGGGACCCAUACAUCCACCACGGACAGGAACAAGUGAACGAUGCCUUAGUAGGGGACUACGCCACUAAGAUAUCUGAUAUGGGAAAAGUAGCGACUCUUCACGAUAGACAGUUAACACCGGGGUACGGCGAAAUCGUGGCAUCUAGAGGGUCCGGUCCGCUGGACCUACCCGAGCGAGAGAAACCAUCAUUAGCGAGUUACACUGUGAGGCAGAACCCUUACAGUCUGAGCGAUCCCAUGACAAAAAGGCCUGAUAUGACACCUUUGCAUGAGAAACUGGCUAAAACCUCUAGCCUACCACCAGGUGCGAAGCUUACGGGUCCGUACUACGACGAGCCCAACCGACUCAACGAGACGUCCCAUUCUAGGCGGACAAGCGAGUACAACGAUCGCUUCAGCUCCCUUCAACCAAUGGCUUCCCUUGGGAGCCCAAAAGCACAUCUCAACUACGACAAGCCCGUUACGGCCCAGUCGGAUCCAACGCCGUACACAGAGCGGAACAAUGUUCUAUACGACCCACGGUUGGAGGCUGAGUUCUCGAGGAUGACCUGGCGUCCUGGCACGGGCACCCCCCGACCGCAAACGUCCCUCUUAAAGAUUCAAGAAUCUUUCUCAAAGACUGAUGCUCACAAGAAGUUCCAUCAGAGCUUUGAAGACAAGCAAGUGGAUCUGAGAGACAAUUCGCCCAUAGGGAAAAGCAACAAGCACUACUUUAGUGGAUUCAAUUCUUACUACUGGCAUAACUAGUGGAAAAAAUCUUGCAUUUUCUCAAGUGAAAACCCUCCC